AUGACGUCAACUUCUCCGACUUCGAUGAGUAAGUGUCUUCGGAAGUCUCUCGGAUAAGAUGAUGAAGAUUUCAGCCUUGGAAAACACAUUAACGACGAGCGAGAGCAGGAGCGAGAAGGCGUCGGGUGUGAAUGUGAGCAGCCUGCCAAAGGAUUCGCCUGCGGACUCUGGAGGAGACAAAAAGUUCGACAAAGGGGUGGGAAAGAGAGUACUGUGAAUGCAUUCCCUUCUGUUCUUCUUCCAGAUCGAGUUCCUUCUCAGUUGCAUGGGAAUGUCCGUGGGCCUCGGCAACAUCUGGCGCUUUCCGACGCGUGUCUACGAGAACGGCGGCUCCGCUUUCCUGAUUCCCUACAUCCUGUCGGCUCUGUUCUUCGGUCUUCCCGGCGUUUAUCUGGAAUUUGCUCUCGGACAAUAUCAAGGGAAAUCGCCACCGUUCGUCUACCGACGAAUCAUGCCGAUUCUCGAGGGAUUCGGAUGGGUGUCUGCCACGUUGGCAGUCAUCGUCGGCGUCUACUUCAUGCUGAUUAUCUCGUGGAUCAGUGUCUAUUUGUAUAACGUCGUCAUCGGCAAUUCGGAGAUGUGGAGCACUUGUGACAAUGCCUGGAAUGAUGCUGGUUUGUCGGAUUCUUAUUAAGAGUGCAGCUUUGCAACACUGCUCACAGCUACCUGCUUCAACAUCCCUGCUCAGAAACUGUGUGCUGGCAAGAAACCGGCGGGAUGGAAUCUCACUCAGCCGAAGCCCGAACGGUUAAUCUACAUGGAGGGAAAGUGCCGGGACUUUGAUGAUUAUAAGAAUGUCAGUCUGACCGGAGCCACCGAGCAGUACUUCAACAACUUCAUAAUCAACCCCUCCUCCGGGCUCACCGACUUCAAUUCCAUCAACUGGCCUAUCUUGAUUUCAAUGAGUGUCUGCUGGGUGCUCACCGCAAUUCUGAUCCUCAAAGGAAUGAAGCUCAUCGGAAAGAUCUCCUACAUUACCGUAAUCCUCCCCUACAUCAUCAUCCUCGUGCUUUUCAUCCGAGGAGUCACUCUCGACGGCGCGUCCGAAGGCCUUCACUACUUCCUGAUGCGGACGGAUUUCAGUGCUCUUGGCAAGUAUCAGACUUGGACCGCUGCUCUCACACAGCUUUGUUUCUCACUGUCAAUCGGAUUCGGAGGGCUCAUGAACAUUUCGGCGUACAACAAAAAGCAUCACAACUGUUACAGAGUGAGUUUGAGUGAACUAAAAUCUGUUUCUAAAACAUUUGCAGGACGCCAUCUUCCUGAUCUUAGGAGACACGGCGAUGUCCCUGAUUGGCGGUGCCGCUGUCUUCUCAACUCUCGGAUUUCUGGCCAAACAACGCGGAGUCUCAGUGCCUGAAGUCGUCAAAUCGGGGCCUUCUCUCGCAUUCGUCGCCUAUCCGGACGCCAUGAACCAGAUGCCCCUUCCGUGGCUCUGGAGCGCUCUCUUCUUCGUGAUGCUCUUCUUGCUGGGAAUCAGUACUGAAAUGGGUUAGUUGGCAGGUAUCCUCACAGUUCACGCGGUCUUUUUUAGUGAUCGUGGAAGUGAUGUGCUCUUGCAUCGGCGAGCGUUUCGCAUAUCUCCGCAACAAGAGAUGGCUCGUAGUGACCGGAGUCUGUUCCCUUCUCUUUGCAGUUGGAAUCAUUCUAACUACAGAUGUAAGCCCCAUUUGUCUCAUGUAAUACUUUGUGUUUCGUUCUGUAGGCGGGCAUAUUCUGGUUCGAGUUGUUCGAUGAGUACGGCUCUGGAUUCGGAGCCGUGCUCUCCGUCACUGUCAUGUGCAUCAUGGUCUCGUAUGUUUACGGACUCCGCAACUUCAAAUUGGACGUUGUGGACAUGCUGGGGGAGGGAAAUGGAAGUGCUCAAGGUUCUGGGCCAUGCGAGUCCCUUCUUCAGUCUAAACUGGAAGUACCUGAAUCCAGUGUUCGGGAUGAUUCUGAUGGUUUUGGCGGGCUGGCGAUCCUAUCCUUUCCAGGAUAAACCGGAUGUCUAUCCACCACUUUUCGAUGUGAGAUUGACGUGAAAUUCACAAAAGAAACAUGACGAACACUUUUUUUUUCAGAUCGCUGGUUGGUGUUUGACAUUCUUUCCGUUCCUUAUGAUCCCAUUAUGCGCCUACUUGUCUUACAGAAACUUCAAGGAACAAGGAAUUGUGCGUUUAACAGACAGAAAGCAUGAAGAUCGCUCGAUUCUAUUUGCAGCCAACUCGAGGACUUGUCAUGAUCCAGAAGCAGCAUUCGUCGUUCUCCAGAAUUUCGAGCACGUGGUCGGAAGAAAAGAAGGCGAUUGCAGACGAACUUCCUGCGACGGAGCCAGGUCAAGAAGAGGAAGAAGAGGAGGAGGACGGAGAAAGUGAAAUGAACUCUUUUUGA